AUGGCCUCCGCCGCCGACACCGCCGCUGCGGCGGCGCCCCAGACGCGCCUCACCGCCGUCAGCUCGCGCAUCCGCGACGAAUACCAGCGCGGCCCAGACGUCUGGUCCCUUUUCUCGCCCCUCGUCUUUCCGGGCGCCACGAACCUCGGGCAGGGCUUCAUGUCCUGGGCACCGCCGCCCUUCGUGCGCGACGCGCUCCUCUCCGCGUCUGGCGAGCGUGUGGACACGCACCACUACUCGCACGCCAAAGGCCGGCCGCGGCUGCGUGCCGCGCUGGCCGAGUAUCUGGGCCCCAGCGUACACAAGCCUGCGCCAGGCGCCAAAGACGUGCCGAGCGACCUCGGCGCGCCAAAGCUGAGAGAAGGCGCCGAGAAGCUGGACAUCGAGACGGAGGUGCAGGUCACGGCGGGCGCCAAUGGCGGCAUCUACGCGGCCAUGACGGCAUUCUUGGAGCCGGGUGACGAGGUACUCAUGUUUGAGCCGUACUUUGAUCAGUACAUCUGCGAAGUGACGUACCUCGGCGGCAAGCCCGUCUUUGUGCCGCUGCAGCCGCCGGCCGACGCCUCUUCGCGCAUUGCCGGCGCCGACGAGUGGAGUGUGGACUGGGAUGCCCUCGAGAAGGCAUUUGGCAGUGGCAAGGUCAAGGCCAUGAUCCUCAACACGCCUCACAACCCGAUCGGCAAGGUUUUCUCGCGCGAUGAACUCAGCCGCAUCGCCGCUCUUGCGAUCAAGCAUGACGUGCUGGUUAUCUCAGACGAGGUCUAUGACUGCUUGACGUACGACGGCCACGAGCACAUCCGCAUUGCGGCGUUUGAGGGCAUGUGGGAGCGCACGCUGACUGUGGGAAGUGCGGGCAAGUCUUUCGCGUGCACCGGCUGGCGCAUUGGAUGGCUCGUGGGCCCGCCGCAUCUCAUCAAGCCGGCGCUGGUGGCGCACACGCGCAUCGUGUUCACCUGCAACUCGGCCGCCUCUGAGGCUGCCGCCAUCGGUCUGGAGCAAGCCUCGUCGCAGAACUUCUUCCCCACGCAGAUCGCCGAGUAUGCCGAGCGGCGCGCGCUGCUCACAGGCAUGCUGGACAACCUGGGCAUCAAGUACACACAGCCGCACGGCUCGUACUUCGUCCUCGCCGACUUUGCGCGGCUGCGCAUCCCGGAGGACUUUGAGCUGCCAGAGGAGAUCAAGCGGCGGCCGCGCGACUUCCACAUGGCCUGGUUCGUCGCAAAGACGUGCAACGUCGUGACCAUUCCGGCCACGGCCUUCGUCUCGGACGAGCACGCGGGCCUGUAUGAGAACUACCUGCGCUGGAGCUUCUGCAAGGGCGCCGACGAGAUUGCGCAGGCGACGGAGCGCCUGGAGAAGCUGCGCCCGUACCUUGAGUAG